AUGAAGAGUACCUCAUCGGAGCGAACCAUUGAGGAGUUAAAGUCCAUCUUCAGCCGCUUUGGACUACCACAACAGCUCAUGAGUGAUAAUGGCCCACAACUGGUGUCGGAAGAGUUUGAGUUCUUCAUGAAAGCCAAUGGUAUUCAACACAUCAAGUCAGUGCCAUUUCAUCCUGCUACCAAAGGUCUUGCAGAGAGACUAGUAAAGAAACAAGCUCUAAAGUCCUCGCAAGAUCUGAGCUUUCUGUGCUUGAAGCCUUGCAGCUCGGGAGAAUGUGCUGACUCGGACACGAGAGCAAACGUGCAGGAAGGCAGUGUGACAUUGGACAGUUUGAAAGCUCUCCUGGGUGUGCUGACGACAUGUGCCCAGACAGAGAUGAAAAGGGUAGUUGGGGACAAUGCCACGUUGCCUUGCCACCAUCAAUUGUGGGCAGGCGAUGCCCCAACGCUGGACAUUGAGUGGCUGUUCCUCAAACCCACCAACAGGCAGAGGGUGGUGAUCACCUACUUUGCCGGAAAGGUGUAUGACCCCAACGAAGCAGAACGGGGCCGUGUGGCUUUUGCCGGAGAGUACUUAAAAGGGGACGCCUCGCUGCUGAUCACUGACUUGUCACUGGCAGACUCGGGGGAGUACAGCUGUAAAGUCAAGAAUGGUGGCAAGUACCACUGGAGCACCAUCAGUCUCAUAGUGCUGGUGAAGCCGUCCAAGCCACGGUGCUGGAUGGAGGGUAAACUCUUGGAGGGCGGCGAUGUGAAGAUGAGCUGCAAGUCUGCAGAUGGCUCAGAUCCCAUCCACUAUAAAUGGGAGAGGGUACUGGACAAGGGCAAAUAUGUUGGCAAGCUGCCCCCACUAGCUCUUAUAGAUUUGAAAAACCCAGAGAUUGUGACAUUGAAGAACUUGACCAAAGACAGUGUUGGUGUCUACAAAUGCACAGCCAGCAAUGACGUGGGAGAGGAGAGCUGCACGGUGGAGGUUAAGAUGCACUAUGUAAGAGGGAUGGGUGUGGUUGCAGGAGCUGUGGUGGGCGUGUCCUUUGGCGUCCUCCUCAUUAUCCUCAUCAUCUGGCUGGUGUUCCGCAAAAAGGAAAUGAAGAAAUACGAGGAGGAAGAAACUCCAAAUGAAAUCAGGGAGGAUGCAGAGGCACCCAAGUCUAAGCUGGUGAAGCCCAACUCUCUGUCUUCAUCCCGCUCUGGCAGCUCUCGCUCUGGCACCUCCUCCACCCAGUCCAUGGUGCAUAACAUGGCCUCCAGGGGGCAACGGGCUUGUGUGCCUGCUGUGGCAGCCCUCAAGGAGAACUGCCAAACAAACAAGUUCCACCAACCUCCACCAGCCUAUACCCAGGGGGUUGCCAAGACCCUCGAACCCCACACGCCACCCACCUCCACUUCUACCUCCAACUCGAAGCCUAGCCCACCACCCAAGCUAAGCCCUGGGAACCUGGCCCGUAUGGGGGCCACCCCUGUAAUGAUCCCUGCCCAAACCAAGGCCUUCCAGACUGUGUAA